AUGGUUAUUCAAACAUUUGAGGAAGUACCAAAACUUGAUUGUCCUUCAAACGCUGAACUAUGGCGUUGCUUCUUAUAUUGUUGUUAUGAUAGCUUGGCGCUUAUCGGGGUUUAUAAUUAUCGUGAUCAUACCCAUCAACUUUGGCUAUGGAACCCAUCCACCAGAGAAUCAAUAGUACUUCCCGGUCCUAAAUUUCCACCGGAGCUUUUUUGCACCUGGGGAUUGGGAUAUGACUCAGUUAGCGACGACUAUAAGAUCCUUAAGAUUGAUCUAAAAUCACGCAGUGAAAUUCUCACGUUGAAAAGUGGCUCCUGGAGAUUAACGAAUAAAUAUCCUACUGAUAUUCUCCCUGCACUAUUUUGUACCGACUCUUUGGUAUUUGUGCACGGAGCAUUUCAUUGGAUCGAUGAAAUAACAAGAUUUACGGUGAGUGCAUUGAGUAUUUCAAGUGAGGUGUACACGGAGAUACCGUUGCCAGAGCAAAUGCUCUCGAUUUACAACCAGACGUGGGGUGUUUAA